AUGGAUAAAACGGAAGUUUUGAUUUUAGAAGUUGAAAAGAAUCCAGUUUUGUUUGACAAAGCUGAAAAAACUUACAAAGAGACAGUAAAAAAGAAAGAUAUUUGGAAGGGAAUCGGAGAGAAGGUUGGACUGACAGACAAUAGCUGGAGUUUGGUGUCACCAUCAGCUUCUAGAAUGUUUUCAGGCACUACUAUACAUACUGUAUGUAUAAUAUUUGUUGUUGUUUAUCUUGAGACCAAUCUGGCUAAAAAACGGGAACAGAUGAAAACCACAGCAUUACCAGAAGUCCCAGAGCAGAAGGAAUUAAAAAAUCAGAAUGGGGAGGGAGAGGAUAUAAAACCUCCACCCCCUACAGAUGACCCUGUGACCCCUAGUAUACCUGAUUCAUUCCUUCAAAAACUGGGAUUAAAAGUAGGCAAGGACCCAAUCAAUAAAGAAUCCUCUUUGAACGCCUGUGCCUACAGACACAGUACCGUAACAUAA